GUUGCGAUUGUGUAUCACAGCAUCAAAGCAUUUUGGCGACGCAGACCAAUGUCGAGAUUGCGGGAAAACACAAGCGAUACACAACACACCCAGGAAGUUAUUGAUUUUGUUGGAACAAAUUGUCCGAUAGAUACAGCAGAGAUAUGACGGAUUUGGAGUACCGAGUCCCCUCCCCCCACUACCUGAGACUGACUCUGGAGGACAGAGCACUAUGUCUGACAAGUCCUGAUGACCCGAUUUUGUCAUCCACUAAACUCUGUGUCAAACCGAGCCCUUCAGAUGAGGUGAUCAUAGCAGAACUGAAUAAUGCACGCAUUGCAAUGAACCCACAGUCAAACUCAGUGAUGACUGGACAAAGUGUUGAUGAAGAGACCAGCACCUCAGAGGAUGAGGAGGAUACAAAGGGACGUAAUCCAGUAGAAUCAAUACCUAUACUUGGAGGAGCACAUGGGCCUGUGGUCACCAAAUGGUUAAAGAGCCACUUUGUUGUCCAGCCAAAUAACUCCUUGAGCAGAGGCGACAUUUUCCAGGCUUACAUCGUUCACUGCGAGAGGAACAACAUCACUCACUGUAACCCGGCCACCUUUGGGAAAAUCCUGCGCUCGAUAUUUCCCGAUGUCAAGACACGGAGAAUAGGAACCAGGGGAAAUUCCAGAUAUCAUUAUUGUGGAAUUGGAGUUAAACCUAAAACUGAGAGACAACAGAAGGAAAUUCAGAAAGACAGAGAAAAACAAUUUAAAGAGGAUAAUACUUCACUUGCCAAUGGGCAAUUCUCUAACAUAUUGGUGGAGUACUCGCAAGAGUUAUUGCCCUUACUACACAGUUUUCCAACUUGUGAAGACAUUGGAUUAUUGAAAUCAGAGAAUCAAGUGGUUCAGGAUUUUCUGGACUUAACAUACAGAUGGCAUGCAGUUAGACUUCUAGAUUGUGUCCUUAGGGCCGAGUUUUAUCAGAUCAGAGACAUAAUAGUUGAAUUUUGGCGAUCAAUACCAGCUUUGACCUUGAAACUGUUGUCUGAUCCGCUUGUGGUGGCAGCCAUUGAGAGAUGUGAUCAGAUCAUCUACAGGAACAUGAAUGGCCUUCUUCUACCCCAUGUCUUAGUCCCCCUCCCCUCAGGCCUUAUGCUGACUUUGAAGAAUUUUGUAAAAAAUCUUCUUCACUGGCAUCAAGAUGGACUUUACUGUAUUCCUCCAAUCAUCAAGUAUGCCAAAGUUAAAGCAUGUUAUCGAUUCAAGACGAGUUUCCUGAGACAGAUCCAGCUGAACCACAUGAGUAUCAUGGCUAACUCUGUGGUGGAGAGUCAGGACAUUGCGGCAACCAUUCAGAGGGCCUGGCAUCAACUCCAGCAGACAUUCAAAAACACGCCCCUGUUCUACCACUUCUCUCCUGCUUCCAUUGGUGCCGACCUUGUCUAUCAGUUCUUACAGGAGUAUGGUAAUCUCUGGGACACCUCCUGCUCACUUUCUGAGCACUUGAACUGGGUGGAGGGUGUCGUGUUGAAAAGCAUGGAAAAGGUAACCCGCCUUUCACAGAACAAGCUUAAGUUGAGAGAAGAACUUAUCAGACAGUUUGUGUUGGAGUGGACGUACAUCAGCACUCAGAUCUUUAAAAUGAUAACCUUCAUUUGUCUAGAAACAUUAGGACCUCUCCAUUUGCUGGACAUGUUCUACAGAGACUACAUGCUUUUCCUUCUGGAGAGAUGGGACGUCCAAUAAGAUGGCCAAGCAUUUAGAUAUCAACAUACAUGUACGAUAAAGGUCACAGACUAAAAAAUUGACUUUUUAAAAAUAUUUAAUACAUAUGAUUGCACAUUUACAUUUGUGUGUACUACACAACAAACUAUUGUUCUAAAUCUCAAGCAUCAAUAAAACUUAGUACAUACUGUUUACAACAUACAUGUAUAUGUAUGCACUGUAAUUCAUAGAUCCUGUUGCAUAUAUAAAGCAAUAUGCAAUAUAAUGUUGGAAACAAAAAACAAUUUUGUACAUAAUUUUAAACAUCCAAUGCCUUUCAUAUGAAUCAAAAUAUAAUUGGUGUAUUUUUCCAUUAGCCAUUGGUGGAACAUAAACUUGUCAUAAUUGAAUAUUAAUAUUCACACAAAAUCUACAGAUAUAAUAUCUUAAAUUUUUCAACUUCACAAUAAUCAUAAGCUGUUCAAUACAAACAACUGAAUGAUGUAAAUGACAUGUACAUUGUUACAUUUUCUACCCAAUGAAACUGUUCUGCUACUAAAGACAAUUAUGCAGGAUUUGAAGAGCAACAUCAUAAUAGAACAAUUAUAUUGAGAUUUUUUAAAUUUAUACCAUAACUGUUUUUAAUACACUUUUUUGCCCUAAUUCUAUUACUUUUUCCGAUAAACCUUCCAAAAUCUAAUAAAGUUAAUGUACCUGUAAUAUUCAUAGGAAUUUUUUUCUUUUAUUGAAAACUUGACUAUAGCAAACAAGGCUACACGGGAGCACAAUUAAAUUUCUUUUUAUUACUAAGUUGAAUUUAUAACAAACAGAAAUAUAACAAAUGUUUAGCUACAAAGAAACAAAGUUAAUUUCGGGAAAAUUAUUUGAACAAUAAACCUCUUUCAAAAAGAAACUAAGAGAUAUCUUGUACAAAUAAAGAGUAACUAUACUACUGUUGCUUAUGAAAAUAAAAUGAAAUGUAGUCUUACUGGCCACGUAAUGUCUUGCCAGUGAGGGUAAUAUCAGC